GUCCUUCACAUUCAUCCAUUCAUCUCCUCCUCUCUACCCUCUCUUCUCCCCUUGCUUUGCACUAAUGGCUUUCUCUUCAUUUUCCAAAGUCUCCCUUCUGCUCUUCAUUGUGCCUUUCUGUUUAGGCACUUAUUGUCUGGCUCAUGAUUUUUCGAUCGUGGGUUAUUCACCCGAGCACUUGUCUUCCAUGGACAAGUUCAUUGAGCUCUUCGAGUCAUGGAUAUCGAAACAUGGCAAGAUUUACCACGACAUGGAGGAGAAGCUCCAUAGGUUCGAGAUAUUCAGAGACAAUGUCAAGCACAUUGAUGAAAGGAAUAAGAAGCUUGAUGUUGACAGCUACUGGCUUGGAUUGAAUGAGUUUGCUGACUUGAGCCACGAAGAGUUCAAAAGCAAGUACUUGGGGCUAAAAGGUGAAUCCCCAAGAAGGAGAGACUCCUCUGAAGAAGAGUUCAGUUACCGUGAUUUCGACGUAGCAGAGGCAUUGCCCAAGUCUGUGGACUGGAGAAAGAAAGGAGCUGUUACUCCAGUCAAGAACCAAGGUUCAUGUGGUAGCUGUUGGGCAUUUUCUACAGUUGCUGCUGUUGAAGGCAUAAACCAGAUAGUCACAGGAAACCUAACAUCGCUGUCUGAACAGCAACUGAUAGAUUGUGACAAAUCAUUCAACAAUGGCUGCAAUGGCGGUUUGAUGGACUAUGCUUUUCAAUUUAUCAUCUCUAAUGGUGGGCUUCACAAGGAGGAAGAAUACCCCUAUAUCAUGGACGAAGGAACUUGUGAGGAAUCAAGGGGACAAUCAGAGGUGGUGACCAUAUCUGGUUAUCAAGAUGUGCCUCAAAAUAGUGAACAAGCUCUCCUCAAGGCACUGGCUCACCAGCCCAUUAGUGUUGCUAUUGAGGCCUCUGACAGAGAUUUCCAGUUCUACAGUGGGGGUGUGUUCAACGGGCGAUGUGGUACUGAGCUAGAUCAUGGUGUAGCAGCAGUCGGCUAUGGAACAUCAAAGGGGUUGGAUUACAUCAUUGUGAAGAACUCAUGGGGACUGAAGUGGGGAGAGAAGGGAUACAUAAGGAUGAAGAGAAACACAGGAAAGGCAGAAGGAAUCUGCGGUAUCAACAAAAUGGCUUCAUAUCCCACCAAGAAGAAGUGAUCAAUUAAAAUAUGAAAUCCCCUUAAAAACCAAAAUCUUUCUUGCUUUUCUUCCCUGUUUAAUACUUCCACGGUGAUGGAUUUUCGACUGUGUAAGCUUUCCCUUCAACUCUUCAAGUUUAUCAAUAACAUGGCUAGACUCAUGGAAAGUAUUUCAUAUAA